AACCAACCCAAAACAAAAAUCGCAAACCUAAUCAAUUCAAACCGAACCAAUCAUUUUUUCAACAUUGCCUAUAAUAUCGUGAUGUGAAUUGUGAAGUUGAUAAACCAAAACCCUUAAACCCUCCCCUUUUCCUUUUCGUUUGGAGCAGAAAAGAAAAUGCUGAAGUUAAUUGGGUCGUCAAGAUCAAGAUGGAACCAUUACAACACCACCCUUUUGCGUUUCUUACAUUCCUCUUCGACCCCUACUGAUACCCUCUUCCUUCGAAUUUCCAGAGCCGGUGACCCAAUCAUUCCCAUCACUUCUAUCCUCAAUCAGUGGAUUCAAGAAGGCAGAGAUGUCAGCCAUUCUGAUAUACACUUUUUCAUCAAACAACUCAGAAUCCGUCGUCGCUUCAAACAAGCCCUCCAGAUAUCAGAAUGGAUGAGCAAUGAAAGAAACCUUCAUUUAUUAUCAGGAGAUAUUGCGACACGUCUCGACUUGAUAGCUAAAGUCCACGGUCUAGAUCAAGCAGAGAAAUAUUUUAACAGUGUUCCACACACUUCAAAAGAUUUCAAGGUCUAUGGUGCUAUGUUGAAUUGCUAUGCGCAAUACAACUCUGUUGAGAAGGUAGAAUACAUCAUGAAGAAAUUAAAAGAGUCUUCUUCCGAUGAUAAUGCACAAGACUAUCCUGUUCUGUUAAAGCUCUAUUAUCGGACAGGUCAACGAGAGAAGUUGGUUGCUCUGAUGAAAGAAAUGAAAGACAAGAAAAUUUACGACAGUUCUACACUUAAUAGUUGGCUCAAUGCUUAUGCGAUUACUGGAAACAUAGACGAGAUGGAGAAAUUAUUGGCGAAGAUCGAAGUUGAUCACAGCAUAACUUUGAACUGGCGAACGUAUUCUGCUGUUGCUGAUGGAUAUAUUAAAGCUGGCCAAUUUGACAAGUCGUUGAUAGUGUUGAAAAAAUCUGAACAGUUGAUUAGAGGAAAGUCGAAGAGAGCUGCGUAUCAAUCUCUUCUAACUAAGUAUGCUGCUACUGGGAAAAAGGACGAUGUGUAUAGAAUUUGGAAUAUCUGCAAAAGCUUAAAUGGUUCCCAAAAUUCAACCUACAUUUCUAUGUUAAUGUCAUUAUCCAAUCUAAAUGACAUUGAUGGUGCUGAGACGAUUCUAGAGGAAUGGGAAUCUGGGAAUACAUGCUUCGAUGUCAGAAUUCCAAGUGCGAUGGUGGGUGCUUACUGUAAGAAUGGUCUGUUGGAAAAGGCUGAAGCAUAUGUUGAGAAGCUUUUGAAAAGAGGAGGGGGUAAAUUAGAUGGAAGAAUAUGGGAUCGUUUGUCGUGUGGCUAUUAUAUGUAUAACGAUACGGAUAAAGCAGUUCAUACAAUGAAGAAAGCAAUAUUGGCAAGUCCACAAGGAUGGAAACCUUACCCAUUUACUUUUGCUGCAUGUAUUGAGCACAUGAAAGAAAAGAGAGAUUUCGGGUUGGCAUUGGAGAUUCUUGGGACAUGUAGGGAACAAGGUCAUUUUUCUCAAGCUACCUGUGACGAGUUGAUAAGUUAUGUGCAAGGUGAAAACUCAGAAACAAAUGCAUGGAAACUACUGAAAGAACAUUAUCAUCUGAGGACUGACGAAGUGCCGGUGGAUGGAGAGAAGCAGCAUGAAAUGUAGCGCCUGGGAAAGAUCGGCUACUAAUUUUUUUAUUUAUUUAACAAUUAACAAUAAUAAUAAAUUCCUCUCCCUCCACCAAAACAAAGUUCUUUAUGUCUGAUAUAAUUUGUUUUGUUAUAUCUUAGGAGUUUAUAUCAUCAUUAUCCUAUAAUAUAAUUUUUGUAUCUGAGCUCA